GACGGAGCCGCUGCAGUGCCGGGGCUCUCGGCCCCUCCCUUGCCGCCCUUGGACCGUAUACCAACAUCACUGCCCGAGCAUGUGAUCGAGGCGAGGACUUCAUCCGGAAGGGUGGGCAUCAGCGGUAGCCCCUAUCAGCUCUUCCAUCAGAUGAGGGAUCGGCGCGUCGCCUCUGAGCCGCCAGCGGCGUUAGCGGCCGUUCCAGCCGCUGAGGGCACUUCUUGCUCGAGCAAGUGCCGGAGGAGAGAAAACCCCGUGGGCCUCUACAAUUUGGGCAAUACGUGCUUUUUAAAUGCGGCCCUGCAGUCGCUGGCGCAUGCCCCGUUGCUCUCGGACUUCUUUCUGAAGCGGCAUUUCGUGAAGGAUCUCAACGUGGAAAAUCCCUUGGGAACCAAAGGGGCCAUUGCCUCGGCCUUCGCCAAGUUGCUCCAAGAGUUGUUACAACCUGAAGGCACUGCAGAAGCCAUUGCCCCAGAGGAGAUGCUGCGCGCACUCUGCAAACACUGUCCCAUCAUCGCAGAGCAGCCAGGGAUGCAGCAAGACGCCCAGGAGGUCAUGGCUUUUCUUCUGGAUGCGCUGCAUGAGGACCUGAACCGCAUCCGCGAAGCGCGAGAAACGCGCCGCCCAGCCCGAGAGGCCCCGGCGGCUGCGGUCUCGAGCUCGGGCCUCGGUGAGCUGCAAAAACCCGAGGAACGACUGGCGGCGGAGGCCUGGUAUAGCCACCUGCUUUGGCAUCGCUCGUUGGUGGUGGAUUUGUGUCAGGGUCAGCUGCGCUCACAGGUGAAAUGCUCAAAGUGUGGAUGUGCUUCUGUGACCUUUGAUCCAUUUCUUUUCCUCACUUUGCCCUUGCCUGCGCGACUGAAGCGUGGCCGGAAAGUGCACAUUGAGGAGGCGAUCAAGGCCUUCUGCGUGGAGGAACGCUUGGAUGGAAGCGAUUCCUGGGGAUGUCCCAGGUGCGAUCGUCGUGUCAGCGCCUCCAAAAGGCUCUCCCUAUGGAAACUUCCCCUGCUCUUGUUGGUACAUCUGAAACGCUUCGGAUUCGAGGCUUCUGGGGCUUGGACGGCUCCCAGCUGGAAGAUUGAGGGUGAGGUGUGGACUCCCCCGCAGCUGGACCUGGGAAACUUUGUCUCCAAGACGUCACCCCAACGAGCUUCUUUGCAGUACGACCUCUUUGCUGCUGUGGAUCACGCAGGUGUCUCACCCUUCAGUGGGCACUACACUGCCUCCUGUCGUCGAGCCGAUGGGUGGUGGCGGCUUGAUGACUCCCGGGCCGAAUACCUUGGCCGGGCUGGGUCCGAGGCCACUGAACGAAAGGUCAUUGGCCCUUG